AUGGAGUCCGUCCCUCGGGCUGAAGCAGCCUUCGAUACUGCCGACGUUGCGGUGACGAAGGACAUCAAGGUUUUCACCUCUUCUGAGCCCGAAGAUGUCUCGCUUCAGGAGCCAGCCUCCCCGGCUAGAACGGCGGGGAAACUGGAUGUCCUCAUUCAGGGCGUUGCUUUGUUCUCAGAUGGAUAUAACAUCCAGAUCAUCGGAUACAUGAACACCGUCCUAGCGAAGCUCUACCCGAAGCAGAUGACGACAGAAGUCAAGACCAGGCUCUCCAACUCGAUCCUGGUUGGUGACAUCUUUGGUAUGCUGAUCUUCGGACUCUGCAUCGAUAAAUUUGGCCGGAAAGUGGGCAUUAUCUUGACCACUUUCUUCCUCGUCUUGGGUAUCGUCAUUGCGACUGCAGCUCAUGGAAAUACCGUUGAAGGCAUGUUCUGGAUGAUGGUCAUUGGUCGCGGUGUUGCAGGUGUUGGUGCCGCUCUGGAAUGCGCCGACAGCACUGAAGCUAUGAGAAAGCGACGCGGCAUGCUAGUAGCCGUCUCCACCAAUGCCGCCAUCAUUUCUGGUUUCGUUGGAUCCAGCAUCAUCUCCUUGAUUGUCAUUGCGGCAUACAACGGCGAGGCAAGUGACGGAAUCUGGCGUAUCUGCUUUGGCAUUGGCAUCUUCCUACCUUUGGUCAUUUUCUUCUUCCGUAUGAGACUGGUUGACUCGCAGCAAUACCAGAAACACGCCAUCCAGAAGAACAUCCCCUACUGGCUAGCCAUCAAGUUCUACUGGAAAGCACUCCUUGGCUGCUGUAGCGCGUGGUUCUUAUACGAUGCUGUCGUCUACCCCUUCAAUUUGCUUGCACCGACGCUCGUUUCUGGCUUCUCUUCUCAGCAAACCAUGAUUGAGUCCAUCGGUUGGUCGGCUCUGAUCAACGCUUUUGCUCUCCCAGGUGCUUUUAUCGGUGCUCUCCUGAUGGACCGUAUCGGACGCCGUCAGACUUACGCACUUGGAUGGUCCAUUGUCUGCAUCUUCGGUUUCGCUAUCGGUGGCAGCAUGAUCCAGCUCAACAACGUCUUCCCGCUGUUCGUCACCCUGUACGGCCUGUUCCAAACGUUCCUGUCGGUCGGCCCUGGAGAUUGCAACUUCCUCGUUUCGAGCGAGUCUUUUCCCACGCCGCUCAGAGGACACUUUCUCGGCUUUGCGGCAGCCAUUGGCAAGGUCGGUGCUGCGAUCGGCACAACGGCGCUCAGCGCAGCGCUGGCGAGUUACGAUGACCGAUUAAAGGGACAACAGGCCAUCUUCCUUAUCGGCAGUGGCAUCUCCGUCAUUGGAACUCUUUGUGUUUGGUUCCUCAUUCCUGAUGACGAGGACGUGCGAUUCAAGAAGUAUCUUGAAGCAAAUGGCUACGACACCAGCCAGAUGGGAUUGAAAGCGUAA